CGCUGCCUGGACAGAAGGAGAGAGGGAGGAGGGACACAGCAGAGAAAGAAAGGACAGAGAGAGGCUGAGGAAGAGGGGGGGGGAAGAGAAGAAGGAAGAGAAGGAAGCCGUCUGAUGAAAAGAGAGAGGGAAGAAGAGAACGAGAGAGAGAGAGAGAGGGGGAGGGAGCAGUGUCCUCAUCCUCAGCUGCGCGUGCUCCACGGUGCAGGGGAGAAGUUGUGGGAAAGUAAACAGCUCCGGAGGUCUGACGUAAAGAUGAGUGAGCUGCACCCGGCGCACUGCUAGAGAGCCGGGGGGUUUAUGGGAGGCUGCGGGGAUUGAAGGGUCACCCGGGAGGGUCUGCAGCUUCUUGGAGGACACACUACCCAGGACAAGGAGGAAUUAUGUCGACUGUGAUGUCUCAGCAACCUCCAAAGGAGGAUGAAGAGGAUGAAGACGAGGAGCAGGGGGAAGAGUUUGUGUUUGACGACAGCACGGACGACGAGAAACCUGAGGAGAAGAGUAAAGGGAUCAGCUUGGACUGUGUCAGUUCCGUCCAGGUGUCAAAGAAGGAGGAUAGUGGGACGUCAGGAAACGCAUCACAGACAAUCACAGACGGUACCCGACUCCCCGAAACUCUGCCUCCUGCUGGACAGGAGGGCGUCUCUACCGAGGUCAAGGCAUCAAUUUCUCCUGCAGAUGCUCCGGUUAGUGAGUCACCCAGCUGGGCCUCGGCGGCAGAUGAGCCCAGCACCUCAGCUCCCUGUGUGGGAACGCAGCUCCGGGGGCUUCCUGUGGCGCCAUCAGCUGCGGAGAAGCCGGCUGAUUCAGCAGAGCACAGCAAAGAAAGCGUCAAGGAAAGCUGUGGCUCGAGGGACACCUCUGAAG